AUGCCUACAGAUCGACAAGGGCGUAUGCUCACGAAAAAUGACAUCAUGGACGGGUUAUCCGAGCUGGAUGUAGCUUUCGAGGCAGCAGAACUGCUCAUGAGUGUGACUCCAAUCCGCUUCGUCACAAUUGGGGGCAUGCUGGCUGUUUCGCUCUUCCAAAAUCGCAUGGUGACUAAAGACAUCGACUUUCUCCUUGAUCCUAAUAUAGAUGCCGUAGUUGAGUAUCGAGACGAAGUCUUGAGGGUAAUCCAGGGCGUCGCCAGGAUGAGGGGCUUCAAUAGCGAUUGGAUGAACGACGAGCUGAAAAUCUUCAUUCAAAGCUCUAACAGGCUCAACCUCUUCUUGCAAUCCGUCGAGCAAGGUAUCAUCGUCUAUCAAGGCCAGAACCUCAUCGUGUAUGCCGGCCGUCUAGACUUCGCUCUGGAGCGCAAACUUCGCCGUGUCGACGAGAGGAGUAGCAACAGGUCGCGUGAGCUUGACCUCUCCGACGCCGUGACGCUAGUCCAUUACAUUAAAGGCGACGGCCAUCCUCUCAGCUGGAAGUACGUCCAAGGGUUGGAUGAAAACGGCCUGGGGGUGAAGGUUGGCGAUGCUGCUAUCCAAGCGACCGCUAUUGAGUACGUGAGGGUGUACUCUACCCAAGGGAUAGUUGACAUGGUGUGGGACGAAACGUACCAGGGCUGGAAAUAUACCAACCUGGAAGGCGAGUGGAUGCGGGUGUAG